AUGCGACGCACGCUUGCACUGUGCUCAGUAUGGGCGGGUUUCGCGAGCGCAUUGAGCGGGCAGGAACCGCUGAAGAGCCCAGAGAAUUCUAGAGGAUACAAUCCUGGAGAGCGGAUACCAGUUUCUUGUUUGAACAGAACUAUAGAGACCGGCGAACAUAUCACCGACUCAGCUGGCCGCCUGCAAUACAUACCCUUCCCCACCUGCAACGAAACCUCGCGCCCGCUCGAACUCUUCUACGGCGUCGAGCGCGAAAUUAACUGCACCAUCGACUUCGUCACCGACUCGUUAUUCCACCUCCUAGAAUUCUACAUCCACAACGAUGCCCCCUUAUCCUGCCGCAUCCCAUCCCGACCCCUCCCACCCAGCGUCCUAGAAGCCGAGUACAGAGUCUCGGACGAGAGCACGCAGGAAGGUGCCAUGGGCACACAGUCGACACUCUACACGCCCCUCGUCGUCGCCCUCAGCGGCACCCUGCAACUCAGCCACUUGCACGUCGGCAACAGCGUCAACCUCCUCGUGCACGCGGGCGACAAGGUCUCGAGCAAGAAUGGGGGCGGCGGUACCAUUGACGCAGCAACAGCCUAUAGUAUAGCGUCGCAUACGCGCAACUCCAAGAUCACAAUCGGUGAUCCCCUCGUCCUAUCGUUUAGCGUGCGCUGGUACCCCAGCACCACCCUGCCGCCUGGCUGGUCGGGCUACGGCGGCCACAUCUAUACGAGUACGCUGAUUUACUGCAUCUUGAGUGCGGUCGCGAGUGCCGCGGUUUGCGUGGUGUAUUUUAGGGGCGUCGAGUUGCCGAGGCGGUUGAGGCGGUAUGCUACUGAGAGGAUGAAUGGGGGUGGGAGUGGGAGGUUUGGCGGUGGUAGUGGGUAUGGCUUGCCGGUUUCUAAUGGGAGGGGCGGCAGUGGCUAUGGGCUUGGGCUUGGAGGGUAUGGGUACGGUGGAGGGGUUGGCAAGAAGGAUUGA